CUACUUGACACGCACGCAUGCGCACACUUCGAGGUUAAAAGUUUAUCGUCUGCUAAAUAUUGUUACGUGACAAAAAAAUGUGUGUGAAGUGUUUGUGUAAAACAUGACCCUUUUAAAAGAGCUGUGUCAUUUAUCAUAUUUCCAUUCAGAAUUUAGAGAAAGUGCAACAAGGCGGCAUACAUAGCUGAGAUCUUUUGUAUUGUCUACGCUGCUAUUUGCUAGCUAUUUUCAGUGGAUACUUCAUACUCGAGUCAACGAAAAUGGCUUCGACCACUUCCAGAUUGCGAGCCAUUUUUAAUUCGGCAUCCAGACCUCUGAUUGUUGGCUCUGUUGUAGGUGCUUUUAUUUGCUAUGGGACAUACAAACAACAACAGAAACCAAUACAUGCAAAGACCAUCAUGAGUACCCCAGCACUAAAACCGAUUUCAUUCAUGGCAGAGACGAUCACUCCAGCCGCUACCCUUGCCGAGAAUGGUAAUGAAAUGAAAUCCAAAAUGGAGCUCUUCAUCAUGAAAACUCAAGCUGAGCUCUGCAAAACCCUAGAGGGAAUUGAAGGCGACAAGAAGUUUCUUGUGGACAGAUGGGAGCGGCAAGAGGGAGGAGGUGGUGUGACGUGUCUGAUAGAAGAUGGCAAGGUUUUUGAGAGGGCAGGGGUCAAUGUUUCAGUGGUCAGUGGGCACCUAACAGCGAAAGCUGUUGCCCAAAUGAAAUCAAGGGGAAAACAACUAGAGGCAGGAAAGAAGCUUCCAUUUUUUGCUGCUGGAGUCAGCUGUGUGAUACACCCGCGAAACCCCAUGAUUCCGACUCUGCAUUUCAACUACCGCUACUUUGAGGUGGAUCAGGACGGAGAGAAGCAGUGGUGGUUUGGAGGAGGAACAGACCUCACCCCUUAUUACUUGGAUGAAGAGGAUGUGAAACAUUUCCAUGGUACAUUGAAAAAAGCCUGUGACAAACACAACCCUAAACACUAUCCAGCGUUUAAGAAAUGGUGUGACGACUACUUUGUUGUUCACCACCGAGGUGAGAGGCGUGGUGUAGGAGGAAUCUUCUUUGAUGAUCUAGAUACUCCUACUCAAGAUGAUGUCUUUGCAUUUGUUAAGGAAUGUGCCAAUGCCGUCAUACCCAGCUAUGUUCCUCUCAUCAAGAAGCAUAUGAAUGAUGGAUAUGGACUAAAAGAAAGAGAAUGGCAGUUGAUUAGAAGGGGAAGGUACGUCGAGUUCAACCUUGUGUAUGAUAGAGGUACAAAGUUUGGGUUGUUUACACCUCAAGCAAGGAUUGAGAGCAUUUUGAUGUCAUUACCUCAGUGUGCAAAAUGGAGGUACAAGCAUGUCCCCGUCGAGGGUUCAAAAGAAGACGACUUGAUGAAAGUUCUCAAAGUCCCAAAAGAUUGGCUUUGAAGCAUCAUAUGGGGUAGGUAAUCAAAAGUAAUGCCUACACAAAUCACUUUUGACUGAAGUGAGGACUGUAGCACCGCAGUUCCUAAACUUAUAAGAGAUCCUGUCAUACAACCUGGAAUCAUUUUGUGGAGACAACAAAACAAAUUAAUGUGCCGACCUGGACAUCAGGUAGGCUUCACUUAAUCUCUUCAUCUAUUUUAUUUGUGGGAGGCUCCCUUACUUGUUAGCUCAAUAUCUACGCUUAUUAGGUUUAUCGUGCAUUUUUAUGGUGAAAGUUUUAUGGAAUAAUUUAUGGAUUUAUUGGGGGUGUUUUGUAGUUGCAAAUAUUUAUUUUGUUUUAAUAGGUCUAAUCGAUAAUGAGAAGUUAAUAUUUUCUUACAUCCAUCAAUCUUAUAAUUGUUAUAAUGUCUUUGAACACAAAGUAUUGGAGGUAAAUUGAACAAAAAAGAUAAUGACAUUUCGUAUAAUUUUUUUAUAAAGAACACCGUGUUUGUUUAAUUCAAGGGAUCUUACCCAGUCUAACAAAGUCUUCCUUUUAAUUAAACUUCGUUUUGUUUAGUUUUCUUUCGCAAAGAAAGUAAAAAGUAGAGGAUUAAUCGUUUUGUCCCUAGUGUGAACACAGUGUAAGUAGGUCUACUGGUCUAUUGGUUGAUCCAAUGUAGUAUUUUGAAUAUUUUACACAUACUUAUAUUCGCACAAAAUAUCUGAAC